GGGGGAGUCUACGACUGUGUCGCGCGCGCGUGUGUGUUGUACACUUGGAACAGUUAGGUUAGAAAGAGAAUGACGAGAGGACAGACGUUUUGGUGUAGCGCGACGAGCGAAACAAGGACGGGAAUUCGGAUGGAAAGAGAGGCUCGUCGUGGAACGGAGAAGCGAGCGGUAAAAGUGUGGGUAGAACGGGGAUAGAAACCGUGAGAGCAAGAGUGAAAGACGUACGUAGGAUCAUGGCGCGAAGGAGCAAGAGAGAUACGUAGAAAGCGAGACAGAGAAGUCUCUCCCCAUGAUACGCGUACACAUCCUGGUCCCUUAUUCCCCGUGCGUGCGAAGGGGGUUUCGAGAGACCAGCAACGGUGGAGCCACGACGACAACGAGCCACAACCACGACGGCGAACACGACUACUACGACACCGUGUGGGGGUUGCAUGAAGACCCCCUGGUGGGGUUCUGGCUGCCGACCCCACAGUCCCCCGCUGGAAAUGAUAUCAGUCGCGACUCGGUCGAGGGAGCCCCAGCACGCGCGUGCCCCUUGCAGAGUGUGCCCAGCUCGUUUGCUCGAUCGUCCACUCGCUCUACGUUCACGUUCGCUUUUCUCGUCGGUGCGCGUUAUCGCUCGAGACUCGCUGUUCUGGGGGGCAGAAAGGGUGUACGGUGGACGUGCGGAAGGAACAAGAAACGUUGACACGGUGCACGUUCGGCUACCCCGUUUUCGGAUCGUGCUCACUGGUUGAUCCCGGUGGCCCCGUGACGUCGAGACUUUUUUUUUUAUAAACAUUUACCAUUGGACAAAUAAAAGGUGACCCGAAUUACUGUAAGAAUGGGCGAGAAGACGUUCAAUCUUACUUGGAACAAUCACCUGGCGAACUUGUCCGGAUUGUUCGAGGGGCUGUACAAAAGUGGUUCCUUAACUGACACGACCUUAGCUUGUCAGGGUGGCAUGCUGAGAGCACACAGAUUAGUCUUGGCAGCGUGCAGUCCUUACUUCGAAAGAGUUUUCAAAGAACAUUAUGGCGAGCAGCCGAUUCUUAUUUUAAAAGGCGUGGCGGUGGAGGAAAUGGAGUGUCUUCUGGACUUCAUGUAUCGAGGUUCCAUCGAUGUCGCGGAGGAACAUUUGCCUUCGUUGAUAAAGACCGCGACGGAUCUAGAAGUCCGUGGCCUUUCGGGCGACCAGAGGAGCCAAGAGAACAACCGUAGCCCAUACACCAGAGUCGAGACGCGAAUGCAAUGGCGUCACAUAGAGACCAGGGUCCACACGACCGAAUACAUGAAGGAACCGUCGGUCAUUCCUUACUUACCGAAACAGUCUUCCGUGGAAUCGUUGGAGGAACACAUCAGAGUGGAAGAAAUCGAGGUGGAGGACGAUCCUAUGGUGAUCGAUGGACACGAGGACUCAUUGGACGAACCCCUGCGAACUUCGGAAACGCAAAUCAGGCGCAUGCCACCGCCAAUUUUCCAAAGGGAAACCAGAUUCAAAGGCCAGAAAAGAGUCUCGGUCGGACGUACCUCGAGGAGCAGUGAGUCAAUGGAAUACAAAUCGAAGGAACGCGCGGCCUCGAGAGGCGACUCCGCAAGGGAUGAAAGCUACGAGGAUUUGCCAAAUGCGAUUAAAUUCGAAUCGAAUUUCAACAACAGAUCCACAGAUCCCACGGUACCGGACAUUGAGAUGAACGACGACUUACAAGAACGAGCAGAGAGUCUGGACUCGUCGAAGAGCGCGGACGAGAGCUCUAGGUUAUCGUUGAAGAAAAAGAGCGACGGUCCCUCGAAGAGGACAGGACUGAACGAUGGAAAGGAGACUAGGCCCAUACUGGUUAAAUCCGAGAGGGCGCAAUACAAACCCUUCUCCUGCGACCUUUGCACUCUCGCGUUCACGAGGGCUUCUCAUUUAGCUAGACACAGGAGGGUCCACACGGGCGAGAGGCCAUUCGCCUGCAGCAUUUGUCCCAAGAUGUUCGCCAGGCAGGACAAGCUGAAACAGCACGUGGACUCGCACAUGCAAUGGCCGAAGAGGAAGAGCAGCAUGUCGAGUACGAGUUGCCAACCGACUGUGGCUCCAUCUGGCAAAGGGAAGAGAGGCAGACCGCGAAAGGUAAACUUGGAACAAUCGGCCAUGGAGGAAAUAUUGAAAUUCGGUGAAUUCAGUUCGUUACUGAACAAAUCUCAUUCGGCGAAUUCGACGGAUAAAAGCGACGAUUACACGGCCAACGUUAAAGAGGAGAAGGUGGAAAGUCGGAAAGAAGAUGGCGCCGACGAGAGGGACGAGGAUAUAGAGAAGGACAUGGAUACAGACACGGACAAGGAUAAGGAUAAUUACGGCGAUCAGAGCGGAAAUGGCCAAGACGAUAACGUUUAAUCGAUUACCUUCGAUAACUCCGGAAGAAGCGUUUGUCUACGAGCGAGAGUAUCUACCGUAACUCGUGUUUAGAGAAUGCGGGAAAAUGUCGAACUUUCUUCGAUCGAUGACGCGAUCCAGGUACUUUUUUCUGAAUUUUUUUUAGUCGCUAUAACGGGUGACAGUUUUUAACGGCACAGAGGAAUACAUCGUCCAAAUAUCCGCGCUGAAUAUUAUAGAAUUGGAUAUUUUUGUGGGCUGGAGAUCGAUUAACCUCGGUAUAUUCGUUAAUUGAUAAUAUUUUGGGAUUCGGUUUGUUGCCUCUGGAUAUUUAUCGUUUGAGAUUUAAGAUGUGGUUCCUUUGAUCGUAGGUAUCGAAAUUCGUACGAUUAUAAUGAAUUGUAACAAUAAGUAAAAGUUUAUAGAAUGACUGUCCGUGAACUCGUAGUAGAAAUAUUUUAGCUAUCGGCGAUGCUAAUUAUAAACUACUGUUUCGGAGUCGAGUUCUCGAUAUGAACGUACGAACGAGUAGUCGAACGAACUAUACAGGGUAGGGCGUAAGUCGUGGCACGAACGAGACAAUUUCUCGUGAAAAUCUAGUCGGAGGUACGAAAUAAUGUAAACUCGCUUCGAAAAUAUCAUUUGAAUACCUGACUAUUCAAAUCUCCUGUCUUAGCACGAAGCAAUUUAACGUAAAAUUUGUUACUUUUUCUUUUCACGAGGAAUUACACCACGAGGUUACACUAUACCUUGUACGGUUAUCGUAAAACAGAUUUCGCUGGAACUUGGAAACUGAUUUCAUUUACGUACGUGAUUUACGAUAGAACAAUUUACUCGGAUCAUCGAUUCAAUGUCCGACAGAAUUCACGGUAUUCAACGGGUUUGAAACAGAAGUGAACUUUAUAAAUAAAUGAAACGAAAUAAAUUUUUAUACGUCUUAGCGCAUCGAACGUAAACGAAUGAAAUUAUUCGAUGAUGUCGUAAUAAUUCAAUUACAUCAACGAUUGCUUGCUCAGCGUAAGUGAUCUUCAACGGAGAUACUAUAAUUCUUUCGAUUUUCGUUUGAGAGACCCCUCGUUUCGCGUCAUCUCCAUUCGACCUGGCCGGAGAUGCGGAACAACUUUGUGAUCGAUUCUAUCACGGUUCUGGUAUUUAUUUAUUUAUUGAGGUUCAAGACAUCCUUGUUGUAGAUUCGACGCGAAUUCGUUCGAAAGAGUACCUGAGGCACCCAUGUUAUUACGUAUUAACUAAGUAAUUGAGGGUGAAGACAGGCCAUAUAGAGAAAUGAUAAAAAGUCCGUGACGACUAUUUAGCCUACUGAUAAAUCGAAGUAUACUACGAUCCACCGUCGUACGGACGAAAUUUAUGUCGAACGAUAAGAUUAGGGAAAGGAACUUUACGUUGAAAACUCGACCAAAUUACUUUAGCUUGAAGACUGGUGGUAUGGUUUGCAUUGUGAAACUACUCGACUGACCAAAGCUUAAAUUAUGGACUUCUUCCGCGUGACAUUCUUCGCGCAUUAUUUAAUAUAGGAUGUAUGUUGAUGCAAACUUAUACUCUGUUGAUACUUGGGUCGGUUCUAUUAACCGAUAAUGUUAUCUCCUGUAUCGAAAUUUACUUGAAAAACUUUGCAAUACUAUAAGUAUGGCAGAACCUUCGUUGCCCGAAUAGGUAGACGCGAUUAAAAUGUUCGUAUAACAGAAAGUUCACUGUUUUGAAGAAAAUGAAAAGAUUUAUAUAUAUAUAAAUAAUACAUAAAAGUACGCAAUUGAUGCGUAGGAAGGAAAUGUAUUUUUUUUAAUUUAAUCGUUUGAUUGUUAAAUUGCAUAAAUUUUUGUAGAAUGAUUUGUUAUAAAAGUAAACAAUUUUAGAUUAAAAUAUUUUGAUAUUUUAAAAGUUUAAAAACUCAUUUGGAACAUAUAGAAAAUGUUAGAAACAUUUCUGUACUACUGACACCAUAUCUUGCGUUAUCAUGAACGUUAGUACUACACGCAUCCGCCAUGACCCCAUUAUUGUAUAUACUAUAGUAGCUAAAAAUAUUAGGUAACUACACGAGAUCUUGCCACUGAAUGUACAACUGAAGUUUCAUUUAGAGAAUUCGGAUAACGACGAAUCGGGCAAUGGAGUUUCUGCUGUAUUUCGAACAAACUUUCAUCGAGUCCAAGUUACUUCUUUCGACUAGCUAACGAAGCUGGUUCGUGUUUUUUAACGAGCAGAUUUAAACGUGGACCUAAUAAAUAUUCGAAUUACUUGUACGCCUAAAUAACUUCGAAUGUUCGACUAUAUUUUAUCGGACGAGUAGCGUAUCUCCGUUUCUUCUCGAAUUUCUAUAGCAGGAAGUUGGAAGGAUUGCCCCUGAAUGGAGUUCAGAUUCAGAGAUCAGAAUCAUCGAAGAAAAAAUUAUUUCACUAUUGGUUGAUAAUAAAUAAGAAACGAAAGUAAUGGUUUCUCUCCUAGACGAUGGUUUUUACUUACUUUGUUAUGUUUUUACUUCUAUUUUAAUUGAGCAAUAGGAGUAGCGAUUCAGAAGUGAAAGAAUAUUUUUGAAACUUUUUUAUAAUUUGUUGAUUAAUAUUUUGAUACAAUAGUAACCUAAAUAGUCAAGUCCACGUUAAUUGUUUAUUUUUUAAUUCCUCUGGGGGUAAUCUUUACAUCUUCGUGCAGUAGGUGAACGUAAGACAGUCAUGAUCUUGAAGCUAAUUUCGUGUCAUGGUUAUACCACGUUUGUUACUACGAAAACCGUGCAGUCCGGAUGCACGACAGUGCAAACUAUACCCGCGUAUAAAGCGGCUCAACGAUCCUCGGAGCCAAGAAAGAAAUGUAGCUUCGAAUAUUUUGUUAUACACGCGAUUGAAAAUACGUCAAGUACAAAUGUCCAAAUAUUAGAGUAUACCUGUACGUAAGUGUGCGUGCCUGUCGUAUAAAAAAAAAAAACGAAAGAAUCAGCAUACGCGUGUAUCGCGUUCGUGUGCCGUCGUUUGCGCAAACGAACGUUCGUUGAUACGGUUUCCUUUCUUUUUCUACGAACAGCAUAGCUUCUUGUACCAUCCCUGGUUGACUAAUGCUCUCGAUGUUCUUGUUUUCCUUUGCGAUUUUAUAAGUAGCCCGUAAUCAUCGAUUCUAAAGGAACGAAACGAUUCGAUGCUCCAAGCAUCGAACAACGUAUUUACGUUUGCUGAUUUUCGUUUUCGCUAUUAUUGGUAAUCACGUCGUUGUUUUCUCGGAAUCGAUUCUCAAUUUUUAUUUCUUUAAAGAAAGAAUUUAUGAUUCUAUAAUUAAAUCCCUUGCACGCCAACAAUUUUAUAACGCUGCUUUUAAAAAUUAAAAGUAUCCUUUUUCUUUAAUUUCUUUUUUUUUUAAUUCAAUUUCUAUCGUACGUGUUUCCGGAGAUGGGUAAAAUUUUAUCAGAAUAAUAAAUAACAGCGAACUGUUAAAAUUUUAUUUAAUCGUUGCGAGAUAUUUCAUUGUGCACUUCGGAUAAUUAUUUUUAUUUGAGAAUUUUUCCCAUCUUCGUCGACGAUGGCGUGCAGGGGACGAAAAUCGAAUCGAUUCCAUCGAAUCGACGGAUCGAAUGUUUUGUGUUUUAUCGAAUUAUCAAUUUCGAUUACGUUUACGAGCAGUUCUGUUCGGUUUCUAGAAUAACAUAAGCGUAUAUUUGCAUAGUACGCGUAAGUGCCACGCGAAUCGUGUUUUUUCUGUAACAUUGUUGUUGUUGUUGUACAAACUAUAUUUUGUUUCGUUAAGUUCUUGUUACACGACCUAUACAGCGUUAUAUUAUAACUUCCGUCAUGGCGAUGUGCAAUUUUUUCAAUGAUACGAUGAUUUGAUCUGCCACGGCAAGCUGCAAGUGAAUUUCGUGCAAUCUUUUAGAGCGUCCAGAAUGGUCGCAUGCGAGUCUUCAUAUCUCUCAUAGUGUAAAUUGUGUAGCCUGUGUAAAUAAACUGUAAAAUCAACGUCUUCUUUAAUUGGUACCUUUUCUUAUUGUUCGUUGUUAACGAAUAACAAAAUGAAACUCUGGUGUUAAAGAGUUAGCAAGCAAAGAAAAUUGGAAAUUAGUUGAGACUAAAGGGCCUUCCUUUCUUUCACGUUAAUCGCAGUUAUCAUUAUAUUCAUCGACAUUAUAUGUUACAUUGUACAUUAUAUCUUUACAAAUUACAUAUACAUUAC